AUGAGAGGAUUUGAUUGGUUUUCGGAUUCAACUCCUAAUUCAACCAUGAAUCAUCACACUAUGAGAUCUGUUGGGGAUGAUGACGUUGAUGAUGAUGAGUACGUCCCAUCAACAGAUUCUGAUGGGGAUGAUGAAGAGGAAGAAACAGAUGAGCGGGAGUCAGCUCGAGUGGAUUAUGGAACAUUUGCAGAGCAUAUUGCGUGGAUACGCCGUGAGGGUGGAAUUGGCGAGCUUAUGGCGAUGAUAAUGCAAACAAACCCACGAGGUCUGUAUGAAGAUUUAGGCCCAGAAGCAUCGCAGAAGUUGAGGAAUUGGUUAGUUCCGGUUAUUCCAGAAGAUUUUACAGAGAAUCUUUUUGCUGGUAGACUUGCUGACAUACCAAAUCCCGACGAACUAACUGAAGGUUCGAUAUUCGAAAGCAAAGAACUUCUCAAGCUAGCUGUUGGAUUGUGGCAUUUGGAACAUCGAGCAGAAUUCAUCAUUCCUCGUUCCGACCUGGAUAGGAUUACUUUCAAAUGCAAAUAUCGGAAUCGGUGUCCAUUUCAGUUACGAGCCACUCAGCAGGGAUCUUUUUGGUUUAUUCUCAAGUUUGGGCCUGCGCAUACUUGCAUUGGGGACAUGGUAAACACUGGUGUGCGAAAGUUCCAUGCUCGAGUCAUCGCAGCACAUAUUGCGAAGAAAAUGCGUGAGGAUGGUGAAAUCGUGAAGCCGAGGACUAUUAUGGCCGACCUACAGCGGGAAUAUGGUGUGGAUAUCAGUUACAGUGUGGCAAUUCGAGCAAGAAAUGGUGCCGUUGAGAUGAUAUAUGGGGGGCACAAAGAAUCGUAUUCAUUGCUCCCUGCCUACUUACACAUGUUAAGGACGUGCAAUCCAGGAUCGUUGACAGACUUGGAAAUUGAUGCUAGUGGUCGGUUCAAGCACCUUUUUGUGGCACUAGGUUCAUGUAGACUGGCAUAUACUAUGUGCCUAAGGCCAGUAAUUGUGGUAGAUGGCACACACUUGAAGGGACGUAACAAAGGUAUAUUGUUUGUUGCAGUGACGAAGGAUGACAACGAACAAGUCUUUCCCUUGGCAUUCGGUGUUGGGCCUAUAGAGAAUGAUGAAUCAUGGAUGUGGUUUUUGUCUCGACUGAAGUCAGCUUAUGGUGAGAAUUCAGAAAUGUUGAUUGUUUCUGAUGCACAUGUUAGUAUAGCGAAUGCUGUGAAAGCUGUAUAUCCGGAGGUUGCACAUGGUUUGUGUUACUACCAUCUGUUGAACAAACUCACUCGAUUUGGCAAGGCAGCAGUUGCACUAUACCAGAAAGCAGCUUAUGCAUAUAGAGAAAGUGAGUUUGAUGCUGCGACGGCAAGUUUAAAAGCUCUUAAGGAAGAAGGUGGAGCUUAUAGCAAAUUGAUGCAGGUUGGCCCGGAGAAAUGGUCAAGAUGUAAGUGUCCUGUUCCACGAUAUAGUUUCUUAACAUCAAAUAUUGCUGAAUCGUUCAAUUCUCGUUUAUUGUGGGCAAGAAGGUUGCCCAUAUGUUCCAUGGUUGAGGCAAUCCGUCAUAUCAUAGAAAAGUGGUUCGAUGAAAGACAAGAAGCCGCCAAGUCAUUUUCUGCUGAUGUGACACCGGAAGCUCUAAGCAAGCUAACUGUUGAAUUGGAAAGAUCAAGGAGAUAUGAGGUCGUUCCCAUGUCACGUACUGCUUUCAAGGUUAAGAGUUCUAACAAGACUUCUAAAGUGAACCUUGAAACGCAAUCAUGCACGUGUGUGGAGUGGGAUACGAACAGGCUACCAUGCUCGCAUGCAGUUGUAGUCAUAAGACAUACAUGUGAUGAUAUAUCUAAGCAUGUGGGGGAUUAUUAUCAGGCUGCAAAAUUGCGCGAGGCAUACUCGUAUCGAGUUAAUUCAAUGCCCCCACUAGCUUCAUGGACGAUUCCUGCAAACCUUCAAGGUAUUGCCAUUGAUCCGCCUAAAAUCGGUAAACAAGCUGGAAACGCCGUCGUCUAUCUCUACUGA